AUGUUUAUUUUUGCAUUAUUCACUUUGGUUCUAUCUCUAAAUGAGAGUCUCAUCAUUUAAAGUCCAUAAGGUUUAGCCAAUAAUACAGAGUUGCAAUAAAUACCCUUCAUUAUUGCUGAUUUUAGUUAUGUGCCAUAUGGAUAGAGUAUUACAGGAGUGCUUGAAGUGGCUAAUCCUUAUCAUUUUUGUAAUUCAAAAUUCAAUCACUCUGUUGAUCGAAGUAGUGAUCAAUCAAAUGUCAAGAUUCUUCUAUUAAGAAGAGGAGGAUGUACUUUUGGGGAAAAGACUAUCUAAGCUUAAUUGCUUGGAUAUUAAAUAGUACUUAUGCAAGAUAAUGUAGAUGAGAAUAUAAAUAAAUUGGGGAUACCUAGAGAUCAUUUAUAAUGA